CAAUUCGUCGAGCUCGACUGGCCCCCGUACCACCAUCAUCACGCGCAUCAUAACAAUAACAAUAAUAGUAGUAAUGGCAGUGGGCCGCGAAAGCCGCGACAUCAUCACAGCGGCGGGCAUCACUUUCAUCACUCGUCGCACCACCAUCACUGCACGUUCCCGCAGCCGAUUCAGGCGGCGCCGGUGCUGACGGGCGUCGCCGCCGCCGACCCGGCGGCCGAUCCCAACGGCCAGCCGGCGCGUUUCUAUUUCGGUCCUGGUUUCGAACCGCAAGCGCCACAGUUCGGCUUGGCGGGCGGCGGCUGCGGCGGGGUGGGCUGUACCGCCGGUCCUAGCCACCCUCAGCCACCGAACGGCGAGUACGUCGUGUUGUUCCAUGUCAAUCCUGGAGUCACCAUUCGGUUUCAAAUGGGCGACAACUUGGAAGUACUAAGAGGACCAGUGACGGUACCGAUGGUGUCGACGAACUCGUCGCCGCCGAUCGCGAUGCCCGUCCAGGUGCCGCCCGGCCAUAUCGUGCAGCAGAUCGUCGACGAGAGCGGCACUCUGCGGCACGUCAUCCUCUCGCCGCAGCAUCCCGCCCUCGUGCCGCUCACCUCGCACAAUCCGCCACAUUACGGUGCUGGCCCACCAAACGGCACCAGCCAUCCGCCGCAAACCUACCAUUAUACAAUGCCGCCCAACUUCGCCUCGCACCAUCCGCACUUUCACUCGAACAUGCCGGGCGGUGGCGGCGCAACGCAUCCUAUGCACCAGCCACUCUCGGCAUCCGGACACUCACCACCGCCAGCAUUCUGCAAAGAUGAACGCUCGCAACGGCAAUACAUAAAACUGAAGAAGAAACAGCUGGACAAACAGCAGAAGUCGGUCGACAGCAUCGGCGGUCGCAAAGAACUCGUCAAUGGCAUCAAACGCGUAAAAGAUAAGGGAAUGAACAGUGUUGGUACCUCUGAAGAUGGCGAGGAGAGUAGCAGUCUGCAGGAUGAUGAUGAUUCUGCGCAUAUUACUGAUAUUUUGUCGUCUGUAGAGGCACCCAAGGUGUCUGAAUUGACCUCAAGGAGUGCCUUGCUGCAAUGGGCGGCACCGCGACGUCUCGAAGCGUCCAGCAAUGACAGCCACGAGCUGGACAUCCCCGAGAACGACUUGCGCUACGAGGUGCUACUCAGUGACAAAAGUAAAGAAAUGAAAUACAAGUCAAUCUACAGUGGAACAUCGCUCUCAUGCCGCAUCGAAGAUUUGCGGCCUGGAUUAGAGUACUCCGUGUGUCUACAGGUGCAUUUUGACGAACUGCAAGGCUCAGCAUCCGAUCCGCUCAAAUUUACCACGCCCGCCUGUGAACCAGACGCGCCUGCUCCACCCAAGCUCAUCUCGCGUACAAAGAGCACACUGCAACUACGCUGGAACGCAACGACGGCGAACGGCUCGCCCAUCUUGCAUUACAUCCUCGAAUACGACGAGGGUAAAGGCGGUGAUUUUGUCGAAUUGUAUAAGUCGCGUGGCAACCAGCAUUCUCUGCAGAAGCUCACCGCAGCGACGCCGUACAAGUUUCGACUUUCAGCCGUCAAUGAUAUUGGACGCAGUCAAUACAGUGAUGUGGUGGUGUAUGAAACGUCGGAGAACGCGCCGACACAGCCGUCGCCACCUCAACUUGAUCGGGCCGACAUCCAGGCCCUGCACCUUUCGUGGGCACGUCGGCCCAUGGACGACCAGUUCAUUCUUGCGAUGGACACAUCCGACUAUGGUUAUAUGCCAGUCUAUAAUGGACAGGAGACCAAACACUCCGCUGUUAGUCUGAAGCAAUUUACGAAUUAUAAAUUUAGAUUGCGAACGAAAAAUGACGGCGGUCUUUCCGAAUGGUCGGAAGAAGUAAUCUUCCAGACACUUCCAGAUAGGCCUGCGAAACCCUCCAAUCCGGUGGUCAAGGGCAAGAUCCACGCACGCUCCUUUCGGUUAAAGUGGGAUCCACCUAUUGACACUGGCGGACCACCUGUGACCAAGUAUAUUCUUGAGAUGAGCUCUAGCGGCGGCUAUGUGACGUGCUACGGUGGCGCCGACCCGGAGGCGAACUGUGAUAAACUAACACCGGGCACGACCUACCAGCUGCGUGUGUGCUGUGAGAGCGCUGGCGGCCGUAGCAACUACUCCGACCUGUGUACGGUCACGACGGAGGCUAUUUGCCCAGGAAGGUGCGCACCUAUCCGCCUAGCGGGAAAACCGCGUGCGACCGGACUUACCUUACGGAUAUCCGAGCCUGACUAUGACGGCGGAGCUCCUGUGCUUGAGUACGAGGUUGAGAUGACUGCUCCUGAUCAAAGCAAAACUUUGGUACAUAAGAGCAAAGAUACCGAAUGUAAUGUUGAGGGUCUACCUGGCAGUAGAUAUGUAUUCACAGCUCGUGCUUUGAAUAGAGUCGGAGCGGGCGAGUGGGCUGAGGAAGCAUCAUUAAUGAGUGGUGCCGCUCCACCUGAAGCUUGUGCUCAGCCCACGGCAACAUGCAGGUCUUCAACGCACGUGUUUGUCCAAUGGAGUGCACCAGCUACGAACGGUGCUUCUAUAUCGGAGUACCGUCUGGAAAUGGGGUCCAACGGCACUGCGGACGAUCAAUUCACAUUGAUUUAUCAAGGCGAGAGUACCUCCUACGAUGCGAAAAAUCUCACCCCUUUCACAACGUACUAUUUCCGCGUUCAGGCGGCUAAUUCCGCCGGUUAUGGCUUGUAUUCACCCAUCGCGGCUACCAUCACACCAGCCGCGCCUCCUGCUCAGAUCCAAAACAUCCGACACACUUCCACACCAACCUCUAUCGCCUUGUCGUGGCUUGAGCCCUCGUCCAAUGGCACACCCAUUUCGGAAUAUAUCAUAGAAGUGGCCGAUCAGGUAAUCCACACGGAAGAACCAAUAACCAAGUAUGUCAUAGAAGACCUUCAGCCGGAGACUUCGUACAAAAUUAAACUACGCGCUGUGAAUUCUGAGGGUAUGGGUCCCCAGUCAUCUACUCUGAGAGUGGCAACUGCGAAGUUGCCGCCUGCACCUCCUAAGCUUGAAUGUAUUGGCGUUGGACACAAUUGUUUAAAACUUAAGUGGGGCGAAGGGAAGAAUCCCGAAUACACUACGUUUAUCAUCGAAAUGGAGAGUCCUCGCGCUUAUGAUUACCAAACCGUUUUCAAAGGCACUGCAUUCACGUACAAAGUGAACAAAUUACAAGAAGCGACUACGUAUAAAUUUAGGAUUUGCGCAUGUAACGAUGCCGGCGAGGGAGAUUAUUCGGAUGAUUAUGAAUUCAUGACGAAUCUAGCUCCACCGGCAGCAAUCAAGCCUCCGAAAAUUAUCGAUGUCGAUCAGAAUAGUUGUUCCGUGGAAUGGAUGCCGUCGAGGAACGCGAAUCCAGAUCCGAUCGAAUAUUGCGUUCAGUUGUCUAGGCUUAAAGAUCAACAAUAUAAAGAAGUUUAUAAAGGUCCGGACACUAGAUGCACUCUGGAACGCCUUGAUGCCGGGUGUGAGUAUGCAGUGCGCAUAUGUCCCAUUCGUAAGACGCAGGAUGCUGAUCUCGCCGGGCCCUUUACGCCAUUUGCAAAGUUUUCGACUACAGCAGUUGAAACCAUCUCGACGCAACGCAUCGUAGCCCACACGAGUGGCACACCUACACAUCAUCGCCACAAAGCUUCGGCCAAGAGCCAGCUUCCAGCUCUCUGGCAGCGCUACAAGGAACCGCUGUCUAUUCUUAAGUAUCCGAUCAUCGUCGGCAUUUUGGUCGUCUUCAUCUUGUUCCUGUGUGUGUUAUUUUUUACAUAGGUGCAAUUAAUUCGCGUCAAUGCAAACGACAAGGAAUAAGAACGAAAUCUGAACACACACACUCACACAUUCAAAUAUACAACUGCAUUGAUUCUGAAUUACGCGGAAUAACCAGAGAAAAUAUAGUCGUACCUGCUUUAAAAUGAGAAAAAACUUGAACACUAAAAUGUUGUUCAAUCCAAAUCAAAUUAUUUUUUAUUUAAUAAGCUAAGAGAGUAAGAUAAGACAAAUAGCUAUAUAUUUUGUAUGAUAUGUUUUGUUUGUUGAUUGUUUCUUUACUUGUUUCUGGUUAUUUGCGGCGGACAGGAGAAAUUUUGAGUACCGGGAAAGACAAGUGACAUAAUCGCAUUCCAAAUGAUUCGCAACAAAAAUGCUACGAAAAUUUGAAGCUUGAAACGAAACCACACGAGAUUGCGACGUGCAGAUUCUUAAGUAUUAUAUUAUAGUACAGGGCUUAAAUUUUAUCAUUAUUUUUUAUUAAAUAUUGAAUAUAUUAUAUAUAAAGGCAGAUUAUAUAUUGAAAUAUAAAUAGAUAUAUACAUAUAGAGGACCAAAGCUACAGUUUUGGUAUUUUUAUACGUGUUUUUCCGUACUCAGCCUGGUGCUAGUGAAAAUUAAACUUGAGAGUCGAGUAUGGACUAGAAUUGUCAAACUGAGAACCGAAUGCAGAGGCAAAACUAAAACGUUUGAAGAACUGGGGUUCGCCUGUUAUAUACGAGUAUAUUUUAUUUUUAAUCUCGAUCACACGAGCGCGUUCCGCGAACGUGCAUUGUUAUUCCAGUCAUCUGUAUAUUUAUAUUAUACAUUCAUACAUAUUUUUAUAGCAAAGUUAUAUUGAUAGUUGUUUAAGAAUGUAUUUUUAUUGCAAAACGGGCGCUGAGCAAGGCGGACAAAAUGUGUUCGAAUUUUGAACGGAAUGCGAUGCGAUCGUGGAGGAAGUAGAUAGAUAAUUUAGGCCUACGAAAGGGGUUUGCGGAUACAUCGUGUAUUGAUUUGCAUUUUCUUGUAUUCCAAGAUAUAGGAUGUGUUUGUGCAAUAGAAGCGAAACCUGAUAAGGAAACCAAGAAUAAUGUUCAACAUGUUUGUUUCGUUCUCGAUCAGAUAUUUUUUUCGAGCGAGUCAAUGAUGAUUGUCUCACGCAUUUACUAUAUACAAAACUAAAACCGAGAAUGAAAACACAACUAAACACUAAAAUUUAAUGAAAGUAAAAACUAUUUAUGUAUAAAUGUAAAUUUAUAUGUAUCUUUAUAAGGUUGAAGGUAUUAUAUAAGUAAUUAUCUCUAAUCGUAUGAAUAUUUAAUGAAAUAUGUUGACUACGAAUUCAAGCACUUCUUUGAGAAGUGUUUCACUUAAAAGACGCAAAAAAUUGACGAAUGAUUGCAAAAGCAUUUCGUUUAGGAAAAAUGUAUAAACUACACUAACGCAUUCAAAACUGCAACAAAAACGUGAAUAUGGUAUAUGCAUCGAUGAAUUUUAGGCAAUGUGUUAAUCGACGAUUGGCUGAAAAUGGUCCUAUCUAGUUUAAUUUAUGUACAUGAUGAAACUGAGAUGCAAUUAUUGUAAAUUUUGGCGUUCGAAUCAAAAUAGGAGGAGCGAAUAAUUAAUCUCUAACAUUGGAGUAACAUGAUGGAAAAUUAGUUUUAAUGAAAUCUAAUCAAUUACUUUAAAGACUCUUGGAUAAACAGAAAAGAAAUGAAAUAUGUGAAUAUAUGCAAGAUGGAGAUAAAAAUUAAUUAUAUUAAGCGUGUCGCCUCCGGAACACGCCACAAAGAUAUAAAUAUAGAUAUAUUAUAUAUUAUAAAAAUAAAUCAAUUAUAUUUUAUGUAAAACAAA